AGCUUGCCCACCACAGGCUUCAAUUCCGUCACUGUUACACGAUACAGAUGGUUGAAUGAAAUCUUCCCCAGAUACCUGCAUCCUAGGGAUGUGUGCUACGGCUUUCUUGUUCUUACCAUAAUGGCAGACCGUGGCAAUGUCGCGGCCCCUCCACAGUCGCCGACGAUCGAGGAACUAGCAUCCCAAAGUCGUCCGCCGCCUCAAGAGGCGAAAAGGCCGUAUGCAACAGCCCUUAGGCUAGCGAUUGGUCCAUGGACGGUACAAUUCCGAAGUGUCCAUGGAGCCGGCUACAUAAAGCCAGAAAUGAUGCAGAAGCUCGACGAUGUGCUGGUUAAGAAAACGCUCACCAACACGAGGCAAUAUGCUGAGGUUCGAGAAGACAUAGGUACGGAUUCGCAGUUCUGGCACGACAUCGGCGACCUGAUUGACUCUGCGAUACCAUCUAUCGAGCAACGCUGUUUCAAUGCACCACCGGCGGUUGAUCCAGCGCAAGACCCCCCUGCACAUGAAGAUUAUGACGGGCUUUCUGGGGCUCUCAUAGCCGAAAAUCAAGGCAGUCUCUGCGUUGACCUGGAACGUGUCAAUAGCAUGGUAGCAAUAACUAGGAAUGUCUUGACCGUUGGACCUAGAGCUCAACAACUGGCUUCAAUGUCGCGGUUUGACAAAGAGAUCUUUCGUCUUAUAAACCUUUGUGUCAAGGUCACUGCUCGGGGGUACGAUGGAGAUCCUGGGUCCCAAGAGGAAGAGAAAUGGCAAAGCGUCAUAAAUGCGUUCAAGAAGGUUCUCAUUACCAGCCUACAAUUUUUGAACAACCUAGUUACAAGGAACGAGAGACGGAAGUUAAUGCUCUGGAUUCAAUUGUUUGACAGUACGACUCCAUCCGAAGCUGUCGUGGACUCAUAUCAAGCUGAUGAGGGCGACGCAACGUUCGAUGUGCAGUACGAUGAGGAAGGACCCUUCGAAAUGAAACUCAUGAGCGGAGUUUCAAGAAAGAUUUUUGCGCCGCCACAAUUGCCUUCGGGUCAUGGGAAAAAGGAGAGCUCAUCGGCUCACCCGCCGCAGCCUCCAGCAUCGUCACCAUUCUUACUCUUCAUCGGUAAAAAUGGUCUUGAAGUGAAAAAACAGUUGAUCGACCAAGGUAAAGCGGGGAAUGCCGCGGAGAUUGCUGCUGAAUGCAAGAGACAAUGGGAAAGCAUGCCACCAGAACGGAGACAAGAGUGGGAUGGCUUUUACAAAGAUCUCGUGAGGAGGGCUCCCCCAAAUUCUACUGCCGCUCUUGAGUUCACCGGGGGUAUGCUCUUCUCCACAUCAUCUGCCAAAUAUACUACAGGACAUCCGCCAUUGGACGAGAAGGUUGAAGCUCUGGCGAGAAGCAUCAACGGACUAAAGAUAGAGGCAGAUGAUCUGGCCCAGGACAAACUGGUGGACAGUAAGAUGAGAAGACUCCACGCGGCUUUCGGGGCCGACAUCUUACAAAGAGGCAAGGACGAUCUCAUGAAGCGACUGGAACCACCACCGGAAAGAAACAACCAAACAUCAAUACAGGAGCCUUCGACUACUUCGCCUGCUUCACCCGUGGCUCUGCCAUCCGAAUCUCAAGCUCCUCCCCCUUCAGCAGCUGACCCUCCUGUGAGCGAAGAGGAAGACAGCGAGGAGGAAUCUGACUAUGUUGUUCCAGGAGAUGAUGGGCGCGGACUGCUGACAGACGUUCCUUUGAUCCUCGGACCCGCCGAAAUUGAAGUACUUCCAAUGAUCAUCAUGUCGGGAAUCGUUCCUGCAGAUGACUUCGUUCACGAAACAGGCUCACAAGAGGCAACUCAAUUUCUCAAUCUGCACAUCAUUCGGUGCUAUCUACUUAUGGCACAAGAUAAUGGUCGUAAUCUCCUCCGAGAACUCCUCAUAUUCGUUGCUGCGUGGGAUCUUCGUGAAGAGGAGUUGUAUUUCAAAUUUAUGGUCAAGAUCAUGGAAGCGAUUCUCAAUAACGGUCUGAUGCCCUUUGCGUAUCAGGCUUUCAGAGAAUCGAAAGAUAUUAUAUCACCAGCUCAGGCGGUCAUUAUGAAACUACUGACAAACAUCUUCAAAGCAAGACAGGUCAGAGAGGCCACUCGUGCACAAGACUACCCAGAGGCUGAGCCUAGAUUUCCACUUCAAGUCGAUGUGGAUAUGGUCAGAUUUCUGUUCACGGAGUUCCGCACGAACAUAAUUCCACAAACCUGCGCACUGAUAUUCCUACAAGGAAAGAUCAGACUGAAUCAAGCAUCCCCCGAUGACUUCCCGCUGAACUUGUGGGAUAUGGAACGGAUGUACGAGGGAAUAUAUCAAUACCUUGAGUUCUUCGCCGUCCUGACCGAGCACGACAUGUGGAAGAAAAUGAUGACAGACUGGGAUCUGAUCAGUGAGCUCGUGACUCUCCUAAAAGAGCUCGACACCGCGAUACCGAAGGUCAACCUCCCGAUGCUGCCAAUGCGAACUGGGGAGACGUUGGAAGACAAGGUUCGUCGCAGCGCUGAUACCGCCAGAGCCAUCGCUGGUGGCAGUGCUCUCGCAUAUGACCCGGCUCUCCCUCCACCGAAUGAUUCAGGCACUCUACCAUCGUCCGAGUCGCAGCCUGUCGCAGUCGAACGCCCCUUUGACACCUCCGCGUCCGCAAACGCGCCCAACCCUUACCCGCCAACCACAUUCCUACCAACCGCACCAUUCCCCUCCGCAUCUCCCACCGAGCAUCCCGACGAAUUCGAGUGGCGCAACCUCAAAAAACUCGCCAUCCUCGUCCUCUCCUCCCUAGUCUGGCGCUCAAAGGCCGUCCAGGACCAGGUGCGUGCGCACCAAGGCAUCGAAGCCAUCCUCAACUGCUGCGCGCACGACGAGCACAAUCCCUACAUUCGCGAGCACGCCAUCAUGUGUCUGCGCUUCCUCCUCGAGAACAACCCCGAGAACCAGGCCAUUGUCAAGGAACUGGAGCCCAAGGUCGUCGUGCCCAGCGAGGUGCUCGACGACCACGGGUACGAAAGCUUCAUGGACAUGCGCGGCCAGGUCGGGCUGCGGAGGAAGUUUAAGCCUAAGGCGAAGACCGAAGGAGGAGCAGGAGGAGGAGCAGCAGCAGACUUGGAGAAGUUCAAGGCGUGGGACAGGGAGCCGGGCGAUCUGGCGGAGUUGCUGCAUAAUAUGAUGAGAGAGCUGCCGGCGAAAGUCCAGGGCGUCAGGAUGGAGGCGGAGAGAGCGGCGGUGGCGAAGCUGGAUAGGGGGUUUGAGGGGAGUGGGUAGUGAUGAUGAUCAUGUUGGGUACGGGGCUUCACGAAGAUGCAAAGACGACGUAUGUGUCCAUGAGCUCACGCGGUCGAUCUGAACGGUCGGAGGAGGUGGGUGUUUUGGGGGAAAUGCUAUUGCUAGCUCUGUCGGACAUGACACGGCACAUUAUCAUAGCAUCAAGUCUCUGAACUCCUAUGUCUAGUGAACAUAUCAUCAUAAGACUCAGAUGUAGACGUAGAAAUAUAAAAGUAUAAAAUAAAUAUAAAAAUAAAACCGCGUACGGUAGGAAGGAAGACAAU